UGGGAGUUUGGCUACCACCCGAUAGUGGCAACAAGCUGCAACUGACAGGGAAGUCGGGAAACAGCAUUCAUUGGAUUUUUGGCGAUGCACAGACAUGCCAUAUAGAUAUAAGUUUUACGAUAUUUGGUUUUAACUGAGGUUUUAAGAUACACGGACGUGAAAUGUGUGCGAAGUUUCGCGGUAUUCGGAUGGAAAUAUUAUAUUUGUAGGGAUGCAUAAAAUUUAACGUGUGCUAUAUUGUGCUUAUACUUGGUUGUAAAUGAAAUACACUUGGAAAUGUACAGAUAUGAUGUAUACAAUAUUAUUAGAUACGUGGCAAUAUAAUAUGUAAUAGUUACAAUUGUUAGAAGUUUGAAAGUAAUUUUGGAGACAAAUUGGAAUGAUACUUAAAAAAAAUUGCGAGAUUUUGUGGUAAAUGAAUGACAAUUGGGGCCAGACAUGCAAUAAAUAUAUAUAUAUAACAUUUGCGAGAAUUGAUUGUAUAUGAAAGACGAAAAGUGUUAUUUAGGUCUGGAAUUCCGAAUCAUACAAGAGAAAGUACAAGAGAGAUUAUUUGGAUAUUCGUGAGUUUUAUGAAAAGGACUCACAACAAACCAGUCCGCGAAGCCAUUAACACUUUGGACUGGUUACCGCUACAGCUGUACAUCAGAAGAACACGUGGGUUUUCCCUCAUAAAGAGGCCGAAUACUGAGAGAGAGUGUGUAUAAGAACAAUGCUGAAAUGAAUGCAAAUUCAUAACUCGGAACAACAUUUACGACUGCUGGUUUGUUGGAAGAAAAACGUCAGUAGACGAAACGGAAGUCUGCCAAGUCAUGAAGUGUCGGUAAAGAUCUUUUAAGACAGGAAACAAGCACCCAGCAACAGUAUAUGGAAAAAACAAUGGAAAAUAAUAAGUAGUGAAAUAAAUAGCUGUUAAACUGUAUAGCCCAUUCAAGCUUUAAAUGAACAGGAAAUUGAAGAACCGGCUCGAAAUGUUAAUAUGAUCAAUUUUUCUGUGAGCAUAGUUUUAGUCUUGUAAGUAAAGCUCAAAGCUAUAAUCCAAACAUACAAUAUUGAGUGCCAAAACUUUGCAAAUUAGCUAGAUCAUUGUGAACUUGGAUCGUACGGUCAAGAAAAUUAGCCUCGGAACUAUCAUAAUAAACAAAAAGUAACAUAAGCACUUCACAUAAGAAAGGCAGCUGGGUCAUUGUGAAUUGCGAUCAUAUAGCGAAGGGAGAAACAUAUCGAAACCACCAUCGUAAACAAUCAGUAAGCUAAGCAUGUGCCCAUUGCGUCCAGAAGGUCUCAUGUGUAUAAUAUUUACAUAUCGCCAUGUGAAUAAGUGGUCAUAAAUCGAACAAAAUUAACACUGGGCAUACCUCAUAGGAAAGCGGGCAUGCACCAAUAAACUGGAUCCAGACCGUGUUUAUUAUACAUUUAGGAAUUAUAGAAAUGUUGAUAUUCAGAUACAGGGUAUACAUGAAAUAAAGAUCCAUUUUAGACGUAACGGAGUUUCAUUAAAACGGAAAUUCUGCUAUUGUGUUCAAUGUUUAGCAGACUGAGUUGAUUGACCAUGGGGUUAUCGAAGAUUAUAUAAAUCUUUUACUACUGUGAUAAAAGAGCUAUGAAGUAAGAGUUACAACAAAAUGUUAAUUGAUUGUUUAAUUUAGUUUACAUCAACAGAUGUGAAACACGUGUAACCGAUAAUCCUUUAACCGUUUUUAGGAAAUCGAAAAGCACUUAACUCAAGCGAGAAUAGAUCUACCAAAUCAGGAAAAAACUACUAGUGGCAAUGGCAGUUGCAAAUAUUUUAGGACAACAACUGACGUUGUUCACGCUAUUUUUCACCGCGAGAUGUCAGGAACACAUUACAAUUGUUGCUCCAGAGCGCCAGACCGUGGCCAAUGACAUUCAGUCUGCAAUAGAGGGUGGCGAACGCGCAACAAUGUAUUCUGUCACUGCCAGUGUCUUCUACAUCGACAAAAAUAACCCAACCCCGAACCAGACUAUUGAGGUCUUUUGUGAUAACGUAUUCAAGCAAAAUUCUAGCGUGAUAUUAAGUAUAAACUACGAAACAGAGACAUCAAGAGCCACUGAGUAUAUCACAAACAUUGCCAGUCGUCUAGGGUACCCGGUUAUAAGCUGGGAUCCAUUCUUCCAAGGAGCCCUUGAGGCCGACGACGACAAAAUGUUGCUACAACUAUCCCCGACCAUCUACCAUGAGUGUAAGGCGAUGGUUCUAAUCAUGGAACGAUACAACUGGACAGAAUUUACAAUUGUCACCAGUGAGGACAUGGGCCUGGACUUUAUUGACUGCAUGGAUCUCAUGGUUAAACGGACCAGCAUCGUUCAGGGUUACCUUUCUAAACCCAGAUAUACAAAGAUUGCUACUGUUAUUCUUCCGAAGCAGAGAGUUGCAUAUUUUGACGACUGGGAAAUUGCUGACACAAAGAAGAGCUUCCAGGAACUAAUUCGUGCAAAAAGCCGAAUAGUUCUACUUCACGCUAUAAAAGAGCAUGCUGCUAACAUAAUUGACGUUGCCAAAGAUAUGGGUCUCGUGGACCAGCAAUAUGCUUGGGUGUUGACUUCCACCUCAGUUGGGGACAUUUCCAUCUCAACGGGGACCGGACUACCCGCGGGAAUGCUGGGUGUGAGUCAGAACCGUUCCAUUGAGAAAGUGACGGAGGCGAUCGUGACUACAUCUCGGCUUGUGGCCGAGGCGGCCAAGACUCUGAUGACCUUGGAGCCACUGAACCCUGACCUCUCGUGUAAUACAUUGCAAAGCCCUUUUUCAAGAUGGCAGACAGGAAUGGAACUCUACCUGGCAAUGAAGUCCACUAAUCUUCGACCAUCCUCGGAGGCUAAUGCUGGAAGAGGUCGGGGGUCGGGGCGAUUCUCAAGCCGACGGCAAACGAAUAAUAAUGAUCCACAAACGCGAUACCCCGUCAGCUUUACGGAAAACGGCGUCGUAGAAAACGAGGAAUUGUUUCUAGUGAACGUACGUCCGCCCAAAGAACAGGGAACGUCAUCUAGACGACGUUUUGUUUUAAACCAGUGGGACACAGUUGGUAGAAUAUACCCUAAAGUGGAAAACAGGGAGACCGUCCUAACUAUUGAAACAAACGAGAUUAUCUGGCCGGGUCUUUCAGCCAGUCCACCAAUAGGGAGACCGGAAAAAAGAUUCUUCCGUAUUGUGACCAAAGAAGAGGAGCCUUUUGUUAACUUUGUGGCCCCUGAUGAGAUCACGGGACAAUGCGGGCAUCAUGCUGUGCCUUGUUUUGUAAACUCGCAUCAUUUGAAAAAAAAGAACUUGACAGACGCAGAUAUAACAAAUGGUACGGUCGAUUAUUGCUGCACGGGUUUUUGCAUAGAAGUUUUGCAGACGCUUGCCGAAAAAAUGAAUUUUGAAUUUGUCAUCUAUGAAGUCCCAGACGGUCAAUGGGGCAUCCCAGAUGAAAACGGCACUUGGAACGGCUUAGUGAAGGAGAUCUUAGAUGACAAGGCUGACAUGAUAUUAACGGCGUUUGUCAUAAAUAAGGUCCGUAACACCGCGAUUGACCUCAGUUCUCCGUUUCUAGAAUCAGGCAUUACGAUUAUGGUGUCCAUUAGGAAAGGCGCCAUAUCUCCAUAUGCGUUUCUUGAGCCAUACGAUUUCUACUCUUGGAUUCUGAUCCUUAUUUUUAGUGUACACGCCACAGGGGCCUCCAUAUUCAUAUUUGAAUGGCUAAGUCCUUCUGGGCUCGACCAGGGAAAGACAUCAACAGUAGAGCAUAAAUUCUCCCUAUUCCGAUCAUUUUGGCUUAUCUGGGCAAUGUUAUUUGGAGCGGCAGUCUCCAUCGAUGUCCCCAGGGGAGGUUCUAGUCGUUUCCUUGCCAAUGUGUGGGCUUUAUUUGCCCUUGUUUUCCUGGCUAGCUACACUGCCAAUCUUGCUGCGUUCAUGAUUACCAUUGAUGAGUACUACAAUUUGUCUGGCAUCGAAGACUGGCGGCUUCUGCACCCAACAAAAUUGACACCGCAUUUCAAAUUUUCUACUAUAAGAAAUAGCAGUACAGAUGUGAACUUACAAAUAACAUAUCCAAGAAUGCAUAAAUACAUGACCAAAUAUAGUCAGCCAGAUGUUUCAACAGCGAAACAGAAUCUUAAGAAUCAUUCUAUUCAUGCGUUUAUAUACGACGCUAACGUGCUGGAGUUCGUGGCUGGUAGGGACGAAGACUGCGCUUUGCUCACGGUGGGACGGUGGUACGCAAUGUCCGGCUACGGGGUGGGCGUGAAGAGAGGCUCUCCUCUCAGAGAGGAAGUCAAUGAAAUCAUUCUCAAUAUGCAACAUGCUGGUGAAAUUGAGAGGAUGCAGGCAUUUUGGUUGUCCGGAGCAUGCCAUGCUAAAAAGGACAAGAAAAAUAAGAAGAGCAACAAGAUUGGGAUUUUAAACUUUAUAAGUGCAUUUAUUCUAUUAGCUGCUGGUGUUUUGCUUGGAGUGAUUCUAUUGAUAUUAGAACAUUUAUAUUUCAAAUCCGGACGAAAGUGUUUAAAGAAAUAUGAUAAAUGCGGAUGCUGUGCGUUAGUUAGUUUAAGUAUGGGUAAAUCGCUGACAUUCGAGCAGUCUGUGAUGGAGGCAAUAGAUAUCCAGAGGAAGCACAAGUGCAAGGAUCCUAUAUGUGAGAUGAAUGUGUGGCAGGCUCGCCACUCUCUGGACAUGGCUCUGCUCAAGCUCAAGCACAUGCAAUCAGAUCUUGAUGCCGCCCUUGAAAACAGAGCUGCGGCAGCCGAUGGUGAUUCUGCAGCAGAAGCCUCGUGCCCAAAAGCAUUGGCAUUCGAUAUAGGGGAAAACGAAACCGUUAUAUCAUAAACUAUUUGAUUUUGUUUACUUAAGGUAUUCGAUAAACAAGCACGUAAAUCAUAGAUGCUUGGCGGAUAGAUAUAGUUUUUGAAUCAUUUGAAAGCGUUUAAUGUGAAGAAAAAGAAAGAUUUAAAAACAGAGGAAAACAAUUAAAGAAAGAAGCCUUUUUUGGCCUUGAACAAAUCGUGAAAAGGUCAUUUGAAGUCCGAUUUAAGUUGGAGCAAAAAUACAAACUUUAAUAACUUUACGUAUAAAUUAUUCAGCAAGCAACACUUUCAAAUGAUCCCAUAAUUAAACACGGUAACUAACAUUUUGGUUCUCAGAGAACUCACUAAUUUGUUGGUCGUUUGCGUAAAGUUAUUGGUUGAUAUAAUGUUCUGCUUUGUAAAUAACAUUUGUGGGUCUCCAAAUAACGAGACUAAUUAUGAUGGUUUGCCUACAACAUUCACUAUUGUAAAAAAACAUCAAACAGCAGCUUUGGGAAGGAAAAUAAGUUUGUUUAAUCAGUCAUUAUAGAAAUCGUUUUGGAAAUUCAUUUUAAAUUUGAUCAGUUGGUGUAUACAUAGAUUUGGCAUAUUUCUCUCAUUGAAAACUUUGAUAAAAACAAUUGUUAUUUCUAUCUGAAAAGCUACUCAGAAAAUAGAACUAAAUAAAUAGUAUGUUUUUAACAAUAUAAUGUAAAUGUUUAAUGGUUUUAUUGGGUAAUUAAAUUACGUAUUUCAUCCACAUUUUUUCUGACAUAGCUCUUGUAUAACGUUUAUUAUUAGUCGAAUUAAAUACUGCUUCAUUAGAUUUGAUCACACUGGACUGUGAAUAGAAUUGUGCCUGUGUUUCCCAAUCCUUCCCUAAGCAUUAGGUUCAGUUGAAAAGUUACCAUGAAAACGACAUUAAUAUUUCUGAGCGAUUUUAUGGGUGUAGCUCAUUAUUUGUAUCAUGCUCAAACAUAUCAAAAAUAUAAUUGUAAAUUUAUAUUUAAUAUAAAGAUAUGUACAGGCAGUUAUGUAAAAUGUAAAAAAUGUAUUAAGAUAACGCAUAUUGUCGUUAGUCAGUUGUUUGAGACAAAUGUUUUCAGGUAUUUAGGUACCUCAAGAUCUGCAGCCAAUUGUAAACGACUGGUUAUUUCUUUGGUUAAUUUUGCCAAACUGUGUAUUGAUUGGUCAAUUUUGCCAAACUGUGUAUUGAUUGGUCAAUUUUGCCAAACUGUGUAUUGUUUGGUCAAUUUUGCCAAACUGUGUAUUGAUUGGUCAAUUUUGCCAAACUGUGUAUUGAUUAGUCAAUUUUUAUCACAUGAUUCAUCUUAACCAAUGAAAUCAUUUAACUGAGCAAACUUACCAAAAAUACCCUGUGGACAACCUAUCAAUGUAUCAUAACAUUGGCUGCAGUUAACAAUAGUUAAUUCUAUAUCAUAUUCCUUUGACAUUCGUUAAAAUAAUUAAUUGUGUCAUUAAUUAUAUCAUUCUAUUGCCAAGAAGUGCAUGUUACUUUGAUGACUAAACUUCAUAGUUAAGGUUGUGCUGGGAAUGUGUAUUUUUCUAAGGUAUUCGAUGUACACAUAUGUCGUAUUUUUAGGCUAUUGGCUAUAUUGUUAUUUUUUUCAUUCCUGGUGAAUGGUAAUUCACUAGAUUCUUGAAAGGAUUUAAAAUGCGCUGGCUUAUAAGAAUAUGUAAAGUAAGAAAAAUACACCAUUUAAACAGUUAAUUAAGUUGUUUUCGUCUGAAAUUGAGCUUUAAAAGGGUUAUUAUGAAUUGGUCAAAAACGUCUUGGUAACAUUAUUCUCAGAUAUGCCUGUCGAAUGAUUCCAAAAUAAUAUAUACUCAUUAGGCAUUCACAUACGUGUCCAUCAAAUACCUAAAAUGCCGCAUUAUAUAAAUUAUUGUACAGUACCCGGCCAUAUGGGUCUAAGACCUUUUGGAUGAUAAAUAUGUUGUUGUGUUCUGUUCUACAAUCAAUCAUUGAUAUCAUGUAUUUUUUUCGUUAAUUUACAAGUGUUUUUUAAUUGACGUGUUAAAUAUAAUGAAUGCACAUAAUUUGCACUGUUAUUUAACAUUGGAUAAAACACAUGCUGGAAUAUGUUGGCGUUAUGUAAAUACUUGUCUGGAAUAAAACAGAACCGUCCUAUUACACAUAACUGUUCAUAUGUCUUUACUAUUUGAAUGUAUUGGUAUAGUUGAUGAUUGAUUGUGAAGUAUGUUGAAUGUAUUUGUUGUUUUAUGAAAUUGCAAUAAUAAAUUAUUUCAAGAUUAA